UCCAAAAUUAUUAUUUCAUUCCCUUUUCUUGGAAAAAAUAAAAUAAAAUCUUACAUUUCCAACAAUUUAAUAUUAAAUUUGCAGGGCCCACCUUCUUCUGCUUCAAAUGUCCAAACUUUCACACUCAAAGUUGCUACUUUUUUAUUAUUAUUCUUCUUCGUCUUCACCUCCAAAACUCAACUCAUUUUCCCUCCAUUCUUCUAAAAUGGUGCUCACCUUACUUUUCUUCCUUCUCUUUCUCUCUCCUCCUUUGACUCUCUCUCUAAACCAAGAGGGACUCUACCUCCUCCGAGUCAAACGUGGCCUUUCCGAUCCAACUCAGUCCCUCUCCUCCUGGAAUGACCGGGACGAUGAUCCUUGCAACUGGUUCGGUGUCACCUGUGAAAACUCAACUCGUCGAGUUAUCUCCAUCGAACUUCGGAGUUCUCAGCUUGCCGGACCUUUCCCUGUUUUCCUUUGUCGCCUCCAGUCUCUCUCUUCCAUUAUUCUCUCUAAUAACUCUAUCAACUCCUCUCUGCCGAACACUAUCUCCGACUGCCGGAAUCUCCAGACCCUCGUUCUCUCUCAGAACCUCCUCGUGGGUCCCAUUCCCGGAAGUAUUUCCAAAAUCGCUAACCUCCGGCAACUGGACCUUACUGGAAACAACUUCACUGGUGGAAUUCCGGCAAGCUUUGGUCAGUUUCAGAAACUUGAAUCGCUUAUUCUCUCCGGAAAUCUUCUUGACGGAGUUAUACCCAGUUCUCUUGGUAACAUUUCUAGUCUCAGAGAGCUUUUUCUCGCUUAUAAUCCGUUCUCGCCGAGUCGGAUACCGAGUGAGUUUGGUAACCUGACUAGUCUUGAGAGCUUAUGGCUCAGUGGUUGUAACCUCGUGGGACAGAUUCCGGCGAGUUUGGGCCUGCUGACGCGGCUCAAGAACCUUGACAUUUCCAUGAACAGACUCAGCGGAGCUAUUCCUAGUUCAAUUACAGACCUACGAAGUAUAGAACAGAUUGAGCUUUACAACAAUUCUAUUUCCGGUGAGUUACCUCCGGGAAUGUCGACAUUGAAGACCCUGCGAAGAUUCGACGUGUCCAUGAACCAACUGACUGGUACGAUUCCGAAUGAGCUUUGCGGUUUGCAACUAGAGUCGCUGAAUUUGUUUGAUAAUCGGCUUGAAGGGACACUACCAGAGAGUAUAGCUGAGUCUCCAAACUUAUACGAACUCAAAUUAUUCAACAACAAACUCAGCGGCAAGUUGCCCAGUCAACUCGGGAAGAACUCGCCGUUGCAGAGGCUCGAUGUUUCGUACAAUGGGUUUAGUGGAGAAAUCCCAGAAAGCUUGUGCGUGAAGGGUGUACUGGAAGACCUUAUUAUUAUAUACAAUUCAUUUUCCGGGAAAAUUCCACCGAGCCUUGGAAAAUGCCAGUCCUUGAGCAGAGUGAGAAUGAAGCACAACAAUCUUUCAGGUAUUGUUCCUGCUCAAUUCUGGGGUCUCCCCCGUGUCUCCUUGCUUGACCUUGCUCAUAAUUCACUUUCUGGUCCCAUAUCUAGCAAAAUUUCUGGUGCACGUAACAUUUCACUUUUGUUAAUAUCUCGAAACAAGUUUUCUGGGGCCUUGCCUAAUGAGCUCGCUUCACUGGACAGCCUUGUUGAAUUAUCUUGUAGCCAUAAUGUGCUAUCGGGUUCCAUUCCGGCGAGUUUGACUAAGUUGAGCCAAUUGGGAAGGCUUGAUCUUAGUAACAACCAACUAUCUGGGCAGAUUCCGGUCGGAAUUGAUUCUAUGAAGAAGCUGAAUGAGCUUAGUUUAGCUAACAAUAAGCUAUCUGGUCAAAUCCCAAGUGAGAUUGGGAGUGUGUUUGGUCUUAACUAUCUUGAUCUUUCUGGAAAUCUUCUCUCUGGGAAAAUCCCAUCCGAGUUGCAGAAUUUAAAGCUUAAUAUGCUAAACUUGUCGAACAAUAAGCUUUCUGGUGCGCUUCCUCCUCUUUAUGCAAAUGAAAAUUACAAAAGUAGUUUUUUGGGCAAUCCAGGCUUGUGUGGUGACAUCCCUGAUCUUUGUUCUCGGGCCGUUACAAGUAACAAGAUGAAAUACCUUUGGAUUUUACGUUCAAUCUUCAUUCUUGCAGCCAUUGUUUUUCUUGUUGGACUUUUUGGGUUCUAUUGGAAGUACAUGUCCUAUAAGAAGAACACUGAAACAAUCACUACAGCCAUAUGGAGGUCUUUCCAUAAACUUAGUUUCAAUGAGUUUGAUGUAGUCGACUGCCUAAACGAGGACAAUGUGAUAGGAAGUGGAGCUUCAGGAAAAGUCUACAAAGUGGUGCUUGGCAACGGUGAGAAAGUUGCAGUAAAGAAGCUUUGGGGAGGAGUAAAGAAAGAUGACACUUGUCCUGUUGUGCGGGAGAAAGAUGAAUUCGAAGCAGAAGUUGAAACACUUGGAAAGAUUAGGCACAAGAAUAUUGUCAGGCUGUGGUGUUGCUGCAGCUCUGAUUAUUGCAAACUUCUGGUUUAUGAAUACAUGCCUAAUGGAAGCUUGGGGGAUUUACUCCAUAGUAGUAAAGGAGGCAUGUUGGAUUGGCCAACAAGGUACAAGAUAGCUCUAGAUUCAGCUGAGGGGCUUUCUUACUUGCAUCACGAUUGUGUACCUCCAAUUGUUCAUAGAGAUGUAAAAUCCAACAACAUAUUGUUGGAUGAAAAUUUUGGAGCCAAAGUUGCUGAUUUUGGGGUGGCUAAAAUUGUAGGCGGAGUCAGUAAAGAUGUUCUUUCUAUGUCUAUUAUUGCAGGGUCUUGUGGUUAUAUCGCACCAGAAUAUGGUUAUACACUUCGAGUGAAUGAAAAGAGCGACAUUUAUAGCUUUGGAGUGGUGUUACUAGAGCUAUUGACUGGUAGACUCCCAGUUGAUUCAGAAUACGGAGACAAAGAUUUGGUUAAAUGGGUCUGCGCUACUAUGGAACAAAAUGGAUCAGACCAAGUAAUUGAUUCCAGACUUGAUGUCAUAACUCACAAGGAAGAAAUUAGCAGAGUACUCCACAUUGCUCUUCUCUGCAUCAACCCACAUCCGCUUACUCGGCCAUCAAUGCGAAUAGUGGUGAGCAUGCUGCAAGAAGCAAGUUCAGGAAACAAAUCCAAAUCUGGUGGGAAAGAUGGUAUCUUUUCCCUUGCUGCUACUUCGAUGUAAAUUACUCAGAUCCAAGGUAGCAUAGUAUAUGAUUCAUGUACUCUUGUACUGUAGUAGAAAUUUAAUGAGAGGGGUCCACUUCAGAAUUAUAGUCCAAGUGGGGGUUUGGAUCUCUACACUAGAUAGUAAAUUAUUAAGGGAUGCGCCAUUCUAGGUGGUGAUUUUCCAUUUUUUUUAUUUAGGAAAUUUGUAACAAUGCAAUUUUAAGAAAAUUGUCCAAAUAUGAGAUAAAAAAAAUCUGCAUUAAAAA